AUGCUGCGUUUUAUCCGGAAUCACUUAUAUCCUUCAGGGGAUUUCAAAACUGCUGAUAUCCACGACUUCUUUGAAUACACUCCUAGUUUAAGACACGGAUUCCCGCAGUUAGUCUCGUCAUUGGCACACGACUACAUACUUGGUCUUCUAGCGCUUGGUACUAAUGAUGGACAAGUUAGAAUAUUUGGUGCUGAAAAUGUAGAAUGGCGUUCGGCGACUCCUCGAAACACUCCUGUUUCUCACAUGUAUUUUGCUGCAGGUUUAGGGACUUUAAUUGUUCUUUGCUCAGAUCAAUCAUUUCAUAAAUUUCAAGUCAAAGGUGAUGCUGUUGAACGUACUACAGUGACUACAGAAAACAGGUUGAAACGAAUAACUUGUUGCGAAAUGCAAAAUGUGCACGAUCCAUCGAAUUCCUGUCUGUUAAUUGGUACCAUUACCGGUAACAUCUUUGGAUUAUAUGCCGCAUCACUUGAGUUUUCUGAAGUAAUACUUUAUGAAGAAGCGAUUAUGAAAAGUAGAUGUACAACAGUUGUAGAAAUAUUACAGUUUCUAAAAUUCAGAUAUUAUUGUAUAUAUUAUAGAGCUUUUAGUGUUAAUACUUCAAAAGACGUCGGAAGGUCGGCAAACCAGAUUAUGAUCAAUCCAGUUGAUACUAAAAAGCUGCUUAUUGUUUUCAACACUCAUCUUGUUGUUCACUACAACUUAUCAAAUAAUGAAGUGCUGCAGCACUGGAUUAUUGAGCCGAUAGUCACUAGUGUAGCAUGGAACAUAGAUGGAGAGCAAUUCAUGUGCUCUCAUAAUGAUGGUUCCUUAAGUAUGUGGAAAACUGAACAUCUAGAACCGGUCGAUUCAACUUAUAUACCAUUUGGUCCAUUUCCUUGCACUUCUAUUAAUAAAGUACAAUUGUUUUAUUCAUCUAGUCAUUCGUUGCCGGUCAAACUGUUUACUGGUGGAAUGCCUCGUGCAUCCUAUGGUGAUCGCUAUACGUUAACAGCAAUGACUGAAGGUAAAAUGGUAGUAUUCGAUUUUGGUAGCCCAGUUGUAGACUUCGUUGUUGUGCCAGCUCUGCAUAACCAAAAAUAUGCAGAUUACAAAAACUGCUUGGCUCUUGUAGUACUCUGUGAACAGGAGCUUGUCUGCAUUGAUUUAACUGAUACAAGUUGGCCACUUUUAAACUUGCCAUAUUUGCAGCCGAUCCAUUCAUCGCAAAUCACAAGUGUUAUACAUUGUUCGAAUAUUGAAGAGCACGUCUGGAAGGCUCUGAUUAAGGCGAGCGAAAUCCAAAAUAAAUCGUCAUCAAAAAGUAAGUGGCCUAUUCAUGCUGGUGAGGAGGCUCAAAUGCCUGCACUAUGUGCUGCUACGAAUGCAGAAAAACGGCAACUGUUGAUUACGGGGCAUGAAGACGGUACCGUAAAAUUCUGGUCAACUGGCUGCGUCACUUUGCGCUAUUUACUAAAAAUUGAUACGACAAAAGAAUUUGAGGGAUGUUUUUCAUCUGAUAUAGGCAAUGUGAAAACGGAAUUCGAAUCCCUUGAUAGCUGUGGCGGAGUUUUAAGCGAUAAAUCAUCUGAUGAAGACUCCAAUGAACUUACUGAUUGGCCCCCUUUCCGCAAGGUUGGAACAUACGAUCCAUUUUGUGAUGACUCGCGCCUGGCUAUACAGAAAAUAUAUUUCGAUUCAGCUAGUGGACAGUUAGUUGUAGGUGGUCGUGCUGGUCAUGUUAUUGUGUAUGAUUUGGAUGACGAGUCAUCGGCAGCUCUGACCGUAACACGAACACAGUAUGAAGUCGGGAAUGCAUCAGCAUUAUCAACAAACAGUGCUCAACAAGCUUUGCCUCCUCGUCGAUCUUCAUUAACAUAUCCAUUAGGAUACCAACCACUAAAAAUUAGUCAAAAUCAAAGCUGUCUUGUUCAAUUACAACCUUCUGUUGCGGUAACAGCAGUCGCAUCACUUCAGUCACGCAAUCUCUUAGCAGUUGGGUGCGAAUACGGUUUUGUAGUAUGCGACUUAAAAAAUCAGGCUACUCUUAUAUCUUCAUGUUUGCUAAAUUCAAACGAUAUGAUGGAUAUGUCUGGAGAUGUUAGUGCUUUGGCAAGAUUUAAGAGCAUGAAGAAAUCAAUUCGUCAAUCUUUUCGUCGCAAAAAAAAAAGCACGCAGGACGGAACUUAUCAAACAGAAACAAUUUGUGCAGGAAAUAAUGAUGACUUCGAUGAAUUCAGACCUGUUGAACGUCAGGUUGUUUCUCGAACGGAGACACAAGUGAACAGUACUGAUCCUCCUCUUUCUUGUGUCCGAGUGCUAAGGUUUUUCAACACAAAUAUUCUGUCGACUGCAUCUCGCACUGAUAGUCUUUGGAUUGGAACAAAUGGCGGAAUAAUAUUUGCGUAUGCAAUAUCGGAUGAUGCAUUAAAACCAGAAGACGUUUGUGUUCUCGUGAAGGAAGUUCAUCUACAACAUCGAGCACCAGUUAUUGAUUUCACUUGUGCAACUAUCGAUGGGUCUCAACUCAUUAAGGGUUUAACAGGCACAGAAAGAGUUAUAAUAUAUACUGAGGAACAAAUUAAGACAUUCGCUCUUCCAACGAUGAAACCAACUAGAUUUCGUUAUAAAUUUACGAGUUUAGAAGGUUCACGAAUCAGGAAAGCACAGCUUCUUACAUUGCGAUCAAUUACAAAUCGGAAGCUGUAUGAGAAAUUCAUUGUUGUUAUCACAAAUCAAGGCGAACUCUUUUUAUUCUCAGCUCAUACUAUUAAACACUGUUUAAAAAUGAACUUCACUAAGGCAUGUGACGUUGAGGGAAUUGCUUCAGCUGUUUUGUCUGGAAAUGGUGAGAUUUUUUUUUUGCGUCCAGGAGCUAGUGAAUUUCAACGUGCUUCACUUGCAGCUAUGCAGCACAAUAAUCUAGUAUCACCACUCAAAGAUAGUGAAUUCCCAAGAAUUUGA